GGUCAGUUGUGUGGUUGUAGGUUGUAAUUGCAUUGGCUAAAGAGCUUUUUGGAUUGGAUACGUAAAGUAUCAAAAUCGAAGAAGAAAUACAUGAAAAUGUAAACGUCAAAUUUUUUAAAGUUGACAAAACUCAAUUUCAAAAUUUUUUGUAAAAAUGUUUGAGUUCGGGGAUGGAGAAGAGUACGACUUUGCUCCCACAGAAGCUUCAAAACUUGCAUCUCUAUUUGGGGCUUCUAUUCUACAAAUUCCCAAUGAGACAGAUUUAACAUAUACUGCCCCUAAACAACCCACUCUAGACCAUAAAGAUGGACAGAAUGAUUCAAAAAUCCUAAAACAACCAAAUACAAAAGUUUUAUUGGUUAAAGUAAUUAAUUUAUGGAAGUUGGAAGACAAAACGUACAAGUCUUUGGGGAAACAUGGAUUGGGCCUAAUAGGUUCUGCAGAUUUGAAAACACAAGAACUUAUUGCUUACAAAUCAAAAGAUUCAGUAAUAUUAAGGGCAAAAGUUUCUGAAAAGUUCCUCUUUUUUAUUCAGAAAGAUAACUUUUCCUCAUUUCAUGACAAUGACCUACAAAACUGGCUUGUUAAAUUUGAAAAUAAUGACCAAAUUGAGUUUAGUAAUGUAAUAAAAUCAUAUGGCGGCAGAGUAAUAGAUUCUACUAAAGAAUCAGCAGCAAUAAUACCUAAAAAUGCUGAAACUGAUAAACCCAAACCAGAUCUUUUGCCAAAACCUCAGAAUUUAGGAACUGGUGAUCAAGAAUCAGAUAGCUCAGAAAAAAGAACCAAUAUAUUGAACAGAAUCUCUAAAUUGGGACAGCAGACUGUUCUAAGACCCAUAUCAACAGCUUCGGAUGCUUCUGAUCAUGAGGAAAUAACCAAAAGUAGAAAACAUAGAAAAGCUAAAAAAGGAACCUCUGAAAAGGCUAAAAUCAAAGAAGAAAAUCGACAACUAGAACAAUUGCCUAUUGAAGGCCAUCAGCAAUUGGUUAGAAAUGAAUUAGCAUUAAAUAACUUAGUAGGUGUUCCUUCUACAAGCUACCCAAUGUGGGUCACACAUCAACCUGACAUCAGUAAUUAUCUUCUUACUCAAAAUCUUGACUUAAAACAGACUUUAGCUACAAUUUCUUCAAAGCUAGAUUCCAUAAAUAAUCCAAAACCAAGCAAUGACAAUAGUACUUUAGUUUCUAAGUUAAAAGCGUUGGAAGUUAAAGCAGAAAAUUUAGAAGCUACAGCUGAAUGCUAUAAGCAGAAAUAUGAAGAAUUAGAAGUGAAAUACUUGGAUUUGUUAAAUAAAGAUAAUAAUAGGUUAUUAGAAAGCAGCCUUUUAAUUACUAAUUUGGAAGGUCAAAUUUCUACAUUAAAAUUACAACUGGAAGUAGCCAAUGAAGGGGUAACUGAGUUAAAGAAACAAUCUGAUGUCUACGAAAAUGCUCAGAUAAUGCUUAAGGAAUAUGAAGAGACAAUAGAAGAUCAAAAAGUCAGAUUAACUGAACUAGAACAGUUUUAUGAACAAAAUAAAGACUUCACUGAAAAAAAAGAAGCAAUUAAUUCCCUAGGCAAUGUAGUAAAUGACUUGAAUCAACGAUUAAAAGCUUAUGAAGACAAGUUGACUGCAUCUGAAUUAGAACGAGAACAUUUGCGUCAACAGCAAGACCUCACUAUUAGGAGUAUUGGUAAUUUAAUUAAAAUAUCUAUGAACGAAAUGUAUCAGAACAUUUUGAGUAAUUUUAAUGAGGAUUAUUCCUAUACUUACAGUGAAUUAAAAUCUCCAAUUGCUGAAAAUAUGAAAGGGGCUACUCUUAAUUUAAUCGAGAAUAUUACUGAGAGGCUCAUUGUUGACCAGAAGCCAUCUGAAUGAAAGACUGAUUUUUAGAGUAGAGAAAAUAAAGAGAUUAUAUUGUUAAAUCAUUUAUCUGUAAAAAUGUUAUUUGUAUAUUAUUUUAAAUAUUCUUGAUUUGUUAAGAACUUUUUAAUUGUCAAUUGACUGCCUACGAAAUUCAUUGUCACUAGGUUAUUUGUAUACUAUUUUAAAGAGAUUCUUGACUAUUUAAGAACUUUUUAAUAGUUAAUCGAACCUGAUUAACCAUGUAACAGUAAAGGUACAAAGAAUGCUGUAAACUCAAUUGAGCUAAUGUAGGCAAAAAUAAAAUUUCAUUAUGAUUUAAACAAAGGCAAACUAACCUUAAUAAAAAAAAAUUACUUAAUGUUUUACAUGAUAUUUAAAUUUAUUUGUAUAGCAUUCGCUACCAUAUUGAUAUGAUAACAUGCAAAAGAGCUAACUCUAAACUUGCAGAUAAUGUUUAGAAUUUGUUAAAUUCGUUCAUUGUCUAUAAAUGUUAGUGAGUGAAAUUAUUUCAUUUAUAACGUAUCUCAUCAAUUUAAAUAUUUGAUGUGUUUAAUUAAUUCUAUGGAAAUAUCUUUAAUUGGAGUUAGCUGGUUUACCUACAAGUUAUUAUA